AUGGGGGUCCCUGAAGAUCAGGAAACGGGGGCCGCUGAGCCUUCAGUGCCAGCUCAGAAUCCAACUCAGGAUUCAACUCAAGGUCCAGCAUCCGAUGUAGACGAGAAAGAGCAGAGCCGACCUGUUGCGGAGGACACAAAAGAUGGAAACGGAUCAAAAACCGUACCCAGCUCACGCUUCACGUAUCACCAACUUUUUUACAUCUUUGGCUUGGAUGGUAUUGGCGCGUUGAUACUCUCGGGCGGCAUCAACUUUGCCAUUGCCUAUGCCAUGUAUACAAGGCAAAGCAAACCUAUUCGUCUCUGGCAGCUUCCCAAUACAUUUGCCGGUGAUGCUGCCGUCACCAUCAUUAUACAAUGUAUAAUUACCUGGUUCAUCGAGCUCUUCAUCCUUCGCUACGAUCUUAGCCAGGGCGGAGUGCAGCCCAUCGGCUUCAUCGCACAGCCCACACAUCCCUGGCUACGAUUCUUCUUCUUCCUCCCGCAAGAUGCCACUGCCGAGAUUGAGCGGAAACCUCGACCAUGGUCCUUACUGGAAAUUAUUCAGCAGGCUUUGAGAGGUUUUAGCUUUGCUGUUGUGAGCUUUCUCAUACUAUGGCCCAUCUUCAUGGGCGCGCUGACUGCUUUCGGGGUCAAGGAAGGCGGCGAUUAUUACUACCAUAACAAGUGGGUGCCCCAAGUGUUCAAGCUGAUAUUGGGUGGAGUGCUGGGUCUGCUCGUCACACCGUGGAUGGCCAUGUUUUGGUUGGUCAAGGCUGGCUGGGAACACAGAGAGAAGGAUUCGACGACUGCAGAAGUAUAG